CAGUAGUGAUGACAACUUUAACGUGCGACUUUGUUUAAACUAUGAGCUAUUAAGCAUGUUGAAGAGUGUCACUAACAUGACUGUAAUAAGAGAAAUUACAUUGGAGGAUCCCACUGGUGCUCUCCCUGAAAGAUUCUGGUCUGCAGUUGAUGUGUGGAUUGAGAAGCCUCACGUUGUCAACAGAAGGUUGUGUGGGAUGAAAUUAUGCGAUGAAAGAGAGGUGCAUGAGAAGGAAAAUCUAUUACAAGUUUUGCAAGAUCUUUCUAAAAUUGAUGUUACAAUUCUGUCAGAAUUGGUGGCUACCAUACAUUGUUGUAGCCAGGACGUGCACAGUAACUUAUGGGCAAGAAACUCAGAAGGAUACAAGAUCCUUUUGAGAUCUGUCAUUCCCAAAUCAUCUCCGCGUUAUAAGACUUCGGCCGGAAAAGAGAUGAUUAUAAAAGAUUUCUGUAAUAAACGUGCAACAUUUAUUCCUUUGGUGGAAGAGAAUUCGGAAGGCAUGCUUAGACUAAAGCAAACUAAUAUUUAUCAAGUUCAGCUUGCAGAAAAUGCCAGCCAUCAGUGGUUGAUUUCUGUAUCUGCCUUGUGUUUGGAAGACUGGGAAGCUGAUGGUGUCAUAUAUCCUAAAGUUUCAUGGCUUGGAGCUGAACUGCUGUCUAAACUGGCUAAAUGGUCAACUGAGAAUAAAAUAAGUGAAUUUAAAAGUACUCUGUCACUAAUUUCUGUGGAAAAGUAUAAUAGUACAUAUCAUCGCUUAAAAGAACAAUAUAAAGAAAUGGUGAAGGUAUGGCCUGAAGUAACAGAUCCUGAAAAAUUUGUCUUUGAAGAUGUUGCAAUUGCUACCUAUCUUUUGGUCUUAUGGGAAGAAGAACAAAUCAAGAAAAGUCUUCCUGAGAAACAGUCCUUUGUGGAUUUAGGAUGUGGAAAUGGUCUGUUAGUUCAUAUACUGACCAAUGAAGGACACAGAGGUAAAGGUAUUGAUGUCAGAAGAAGAAAAAUAUGGGAUAUGUAUGGACCACAGACUCUUCUGGAGGAAUGUGCAAUUAUUCCUGGAGACAGUUUUCUCUUUCCAGGCAUAGACUGGUUGAUUGGAAAUCAUUCAGAUGAGCUAACACCGUGGUUGCCAGUAAUUGCAGCCAGGUCAUCAUACUUUUGUCGUUAUUUUGUCUUGCCUUGUUGCUUCUUUGAUUUAUAUGGAAAAUAUUGUCGGAAACAAAGUAGGAAUACACAAUACAGAGAAUAUCUGGACUUUGUCAUAGAAGUCGGUUCUAUUUGUGGAUUUCAGGUGGAAGAAGACACCCUUAGAAUUCCAUCUACAAAACGGGUCUGCCUUAUUGGAAAAGAAAGGUCGUAUUCAUACUGUGAUGAAAUCCAUAUUGAUGAACAAAGAAAAGACUACAUAAAUUCAAGACAACAGUGCAGUCUGAAUGUAGCUUCUGGUACUUCUUGCUUUACAGAAAGAAACUGUGAAACUAGUAAUUCGACAGAUAACAUUAACAAUGAAAGUUCAAAGUCUUGUAGUGAUGAAAGGACACAAGUGUCUCACGACAAAUGUAAUCUUAACACAAGUUCUUCAGGCAGCUGGAUAACAAAUUUUCAGCCCAGAGAAAAAACAGAACAAGUCAGAAACUGUGCCUCCCUCCCUCGGGAUUUUAUCAAUAGUGUGGUUUUGCAAGUGGCAAGUGCAUUACUAGAAGCUGGUAAAUCACAAAAUCAAAGUGCGUAUAAACAAGAACGUGCUUGGAAUAAAGGAGGAACCCUUACUUUGAGAGAGGUAGCUGAACUUCUAAGCAAAGAUACUUUGCAGAAACUGAAGAACGAGUGUGGAGGUUUACAGACUCUGUUAAAAAAUAGCCACCAGGUAUUUGAAGUUGCUGUAAUGUUUGUGUUCAGUCAUAAACUGUGUUUGGUAAAGCAAGAGCGUCUGAACGAACUUUGA